CCACAUUCUACCUUAACCGUUUGCUGGUGCUGACUUGUAGACAGAAUAACAGGCUACAAUUUGCUGCUACGUAAUGGCCAGUAAUUAGCAAUCCAGUUGGAAGUUCAGUGUUUCCAUGGGAUGGUUGCCCAAACACUGCUAACAUAUUGACGAAAGCGUGUGAUCAGUCCGGGCUGCACAGUUGUCUGGAGCUAACUUCCUGUAGAUAAGUCAUGAGAAGGUUCCAGCAUUAGAGGGUGGCUGAAUGCAUCACUGUUGGAGCAGACGUCAACUUGUACCUGGUGCCGUCUGCUUGCUGUAGUUUGGAUACUGGGUGUUGAUUGGAGGAGGUGGACUUGUGUUGGGCACAAGAGCAUCAGUAGAGUGCUUGAUGUUCUUGAGGUGACAAGAUGAUGAAGUCGCCUGCAGACGAGUGCAGUACUCACCACUCCGCCAACCACACGGUCACCUACAUCCUGUAUGCAGAGUAUGCUGGGAUACCCGACAACUUAAUCAUCAAUGUCAUAGCGUGGCUGGUGCUGUUGUUGCUGUUCACCAUACUGAGGAAGAUAGCCUGGGACUACGGCCGCAUCGCUCUCAUCAGCCGCACAGAGGAGAAUACCCCUGUGAAAACUGGUGACAGUGGAUACAACGUAUGGACGUCCCUGUUUUAUGGAGAGCAUGACCAGCGGUCACUGAUUGGUUCACAGGAGUCACUGGACACAACGAUCCACUCUCAGGACAAGGGGCUGUUCUCAUGGAUUCCUGCAUUCUUCAGGGUCAAAGAUAUUGACAUCCUGCACAAGUGUGGGAGGGAUGCGGUGCAGUAUCUGUCCUUUCAGAGGUACCUGCUGGUGUACCUGGUCGUCAUCUGCGUGUUGUCCAUCGGGGUCGUCUUGCCGGUCAACUUCCAGGGCAACGUCAUUGGGAAUGCAUCUGAUUUUGGCCACACUACCAUUGGCAACAUAGAGCCUAACUCGCCCCUACUGUGGGUACAUGCCCUGCUGGCUGUCAUCUACCUGCUGCUGGUUGUCUUCAUGCUCAGACACUUCUCUGUCAACCUGGAGUUUGAUGAGGAUGAACAAGUGUCCCGUACACUGAUGAUUUCCAACAUCCCCACCAACAAAUGCUUCGCAAAUAUCAUGAAGCAGCAUUUCAGAGAUGCGUAUCCCGAAGUGGCUGUGGUUGAUGUGUCGUUUGCCUACAACAUCUCUUCCCUCAUCACCAUGGACAAGUCAAAGCAACUUGCAGCAGAGGCAAAGGUCUUCUCGGAAGCGGAGUUGAAGAAGACAAGUACACGCCCGUUAAUGAGGCCUCACAUGUGUGGAGUGCUGUGCUGCUGUUGUAAACAGGUUGAUGCCAUUGACUACUACACUGAUGAGGAGCUGAGACUCACAGACAAGUGUGACUCGGAGAAGGCUCUAGCCUACCAGAUACCUCUCGGGAUAGCCUUCAUCUCCUUCCAGCAGGAUCACAUGGCAGAGAAAAUCCGCGCUGACUUCCGUGCCAACUGCAAGGGGUCACAUAACCCCCAAACAUCCAGUGUGUACUGGGAACUCAAUGUUCAUGACUGGCAGGUCAAAUUUGCUCCUGCGCCGGAAAAUAUUUACUGGGAGAACCUGUCUAUUGCCCCGUGGCAGUGGUGGCUGCGAGCUAUCCUCAUCAACACCAUCCUACUCUUCUUGCUCUUCUUCCUCACCACGCCAGCUAUCCUUGUCAAUGUCAUGGAUCAGUUCAACUACCAGAAAGCAUUUGAAGAUCUACAUAGUCCCUUGUUGGUGCAGUUCUUUCCCACCAUGCUGCUGCUGCUGUUCUCGUCACUGUUGCCCAGUCUUGUCUACUGCUCUGACCAGUAUCUUGGACACUGGACAAAGACAGCAGAGCACCAUGCAGUGAUGAGGAAAACCUUUAUCUUCUUGCUGUUGAUGGUUCUUAUUCUCCCAUCUCUUGGACUCACCAGUGCCAAGGCAUUUUUUGAGUGGGCCUUGACGGGAAGGAAUCAGACAAUGAGAUGGGAAUGCAUAUUUGUUUCGGGCAAUGGUGCUUUCUUUGUCAACUAUGUGACAACAGCUGGAUUUAUUGGCACUGCCCUAGAUCUCAUCCGAUUCUCUGAGCUGUUCAUGUAUGUGAUCAAAUUAUGCCUGGCUCGAUCAGCUGCUGAGAAGUCUGCUGUUAGGAAGAAUGUGUUAUGGGACUUCCAAUUUGGGUGCCAGUAUGCAUGGAUGCUGUGUAUAUUUGCCAUCACCAUUGCAUACAGUAUACCAUGUCCUCUUGUCACUCCUUUUGGUUUAGUUUAUCUGAGCUUCAAGCACCUGGUAGAUAGAUACAACAUAUAUUUUGCCUACAAACCUUCUAAAAUCAACAAGCACAUACAUGCCUCAGCUAUAAACUUUGUGGUCAUAUCGGUCAUCCUGCUGCAAGUUAACAUCGUCUUCUUCACUGGGCUUCGAGCAGGCUACACAAGUCCUGUGUUCAUCUUCUCCUGUGUGGCCUUAUUCAUCACUCUUCUUGUGUUCAGUGGCAGGAUCGGCUUCGGCUGGUUCAAACACCUCAGUCCCAUCAAAUACAGGACUGGCUUAGAUGGGCCUGAUUUCUCUGAGUACCAGCACUUUGCAACAGAUGACUCAACAACAGGUGACGGAGCCCCUAAGCCAUUUGUUGCUGGUGUGCUGCUGGAGAGAGAGGAGGGUAAUGAGAACAGUUCCAGGACAGCAGCGUCCUAUGGAGCAAUGGAUAGACCCGUGGACACCGACAACUCCAUCAAUCGAGAGGAGCCACAGGAGGACUGACGUCAAUCAACAGCUGUCAUGGCAUAAUGAAAUGUGUGUGCAAGCUGUAAGGCAUGGAUUCCAGUAAUGGUUGAAGUGUUACAGUGUUUUGUUCAAGAACUAUGUGCUUGUACUGUUUGAAACAGGAAACUGAUUAGGAACACUGCAAUCCAUUUAAGUCUUUAACAUAACAGUGUAUAUAUAGGUAUCAGCUAUAAGUGAAUCAUUUGAAAUUGCCCUUAAUUAUGAAUUUCAUGAUGUUUCCCACAUCAUUAUAUCUAAGACAUUAAGGAUGGCUGUUAAUAUGAUGGAGCAGUGUGCAAAAUAAAGCUUGAACAUCACAGGGUUCUAAUGUUAAAAGGGUUUUUUUCAAAUUGAGGGGUCACCUUUUAUUUUUAACACAGUUGAAGGAUGAUAGUAAUUUCAUUGUUUAGAGACAUAAGUGAUAUCAGUGCAAAUGAAAUAUGAUUAUUGGCAAAAAUGUGAAAAAUCAUAUUGUAUAACAUGAAGAGGCAACAGAAGGGAAAUCAUAGGAUUGUCACAUGAAUAAACCAACAUUUUGUUAUAUGGGAUGAGAAGUAAGAAAAAGGUUCAUGAUUCUGAACCAUGAGACACUGAGGGUGGUUUAAUGCUAUGAUAGCUUUGACAAGCUAUGCAACUUUGGAAAUGUAUACAAAACAGUAGCUAGACUCUAGCGUAGGAUUUACCUGAUCCACACACUAUUACUGAUCAUAGAGGGAAAUCCAAAAGUGAAAUGUCUCAGUAUAUACACACAGACACUGAAUAGCUAUAUCAACAUUUUAUAUUCUUUCAGUUUUUCUGAAAUGAAGACCAAUAUGGUCACAUCUCACGUGAGGAUUUUUCACUUAUUUCAGUAUAGUCAUUAUGUUGAUGCUGUGUAGAAAUGUGCUCAAACUGAGAUUCUUGAUAAUCAAACAGAUUUAGCAAGAGCUCUCUUUGUGAAAAACAUUUGACAUUGUUAGCAUUCAUAUGUUAGAGUAUAGUUAUAUUUCAAGCUGAUCAAAUGGAAACAUAGAUGUAGUUGAUUACAUAGUUCAAAAUAAGAAAUUUGGCAACUUUGGGAAAAGAUUGAAGCUUCAUUAGCAUAAUAAUACAGUGUGAUAAUUUAAUAACUAUCAGAAAUAUGAUAUGAGUUUCUUGAAUACAUGUAUAUAAGAAGUCUUCUGCGUAUAUAUUAUAAUGUGGAGCUGUGAAACAUAUAAAUGGCGUUGGUACUUACACAUAUUUGAGAGAAACCUAAUGUGAUGGACUGGUGGUUUAUUAUGACAACCAUCAUUCAUGUGACAAGGAGGACUUUGUUGUUCAAUCAGCUUGAAAAUAAUGUAUCUAAUAGUACUAUUUUGUUACAUGUUGCAAUACCCUUUGUGCAAAGUAUGCUAUCUCCCGCCAUCUAUCUAUUUACAUGUCAAUUUAGAUAAUGACAAACAAUCUUAGGUUUCCAUGCAUGCUUUGCUGUACAAACCCAACACAAAAUAUUCAAUUUAAAUUUUCACGUUUAAAGUGUUUAUUACUGUUGCCAGAGUUAUUGUGUUUCUAGAAUUUCUCAUUGUAUCAAAUGGAUAUUUACGUGACAUCAGGUCACAAUGAUCCAAAGGUUGUGUCUGAUCAUUUGCAUCCCCACCGAAGGAAAUUCAUCAGAUGCAUCAUGUGAUGCUCUUUAAGGUCACAGGAAUACAUCUGUCUAAAUCAUGGUUUUGAUGGUCUUUAUUUCAUACCAUCAUACUGAUAAUAAUGUUGUGUUUUUAUCAUUUCAUAAUUGUCUUUUGUCAGUAUGGAGUAACAAGAUACAACAUACAUUUGGUUACAAAACAUUCAAUGGCCAUGCUUAUGCUUCCAUUUGAUAGUAUUUUGAAGUAAUAGUUCUGGUUUGUAAUCCUGUUUUUCUGUAUCAGCUAAAAUUCAUUUUAAAAAAUUAUUUGUGUGGAUGAUGUGAAUGUGCUCCUGUUGAGAACUUGACAAAACAUUCAUUUAUGCUAUCAUAGCAAAUACAUUAUUUCAAAAUUAGCCUUGUUAUUGAGAAUUCUUAAAACACCUGUAUUUCAAUUAUGGCUGUUAUUGAUAGACUGAAAUAGCAACACAUCAAUAUGGGAAUGACAAUACAAAGAUGAUUACUUACCUGUACCUACUUUCUAAAUAGUAACCCACUUUCAUUAAAAUAUUUGGUAUUAUGUCAAUAAUGGUAUAAUAACAUUGGAUGACUAACAAAUAUGGUGAGAAUUAAUGGUUGUGGUUGAAAUUAAGCAUGAAAGUCUAAGGGUCCUUGUCUUAGUCCUAAUGUUGAGAGUUAAACAUAUCCAGGGUCUAUCAAAUACUAUAGAAGCAAACCUUAAGAACACUCAGGAUCCCACUUAAAUUUGAACAAUGGAUGAUAACAUUUACAAUAAAGUAAUUGCAAUCUUUAACAAAAUUGUUCACAAGCUUAGUAGUGUUUUGUCCUUGUUAUAUAUAGUCUCAAAGAUAUCAUUAAUUGAUGUAUCAAUGUAUCGCAGGAUUUUUCAGAUGCGAUGUCAGCAGUGACAUUUCCAAUCAUGAUAGCUGGUCCCUAUGUAAGUUAUGUAUGCACUCUCAUUAUAAAUUCAUCCUGACAAAUGAUCUGUUGUACUGAUGGAAUUUGUCAUACCUCUAUUAAGAAUCUUGCAAUUUCAUUGGUUAAUCUGUACAUGACAAAACAAUACAUUUAAAUGUAGACCCCCAAAUCAUGUGACUGACUCUGACCUUGAAUACGGACUCGUCAAAUGAUCAGAUUUGACCAGUCACAUGAUGAAUAUUGACUUGUGUGCUAGAAGACAAGAUGGCGUCUGGUUCGACAUUUCACAGUCCACAGCUAAGUUACUGUAAUGAAACAGAGGACAGUUUAAAGACUUCAUAAACUUUAAAGUGAAUUUUGGUAUGACAAAAUGAAUGGUUACUCUUGACAAGGUAAAUAUGCAAAACAAGGACCCUUGGACCCGACCCCUUUGGCGGUUUAACCGGACCACCUCAGGGGUCGGGUCCUUGGGUCCUUAUUUUUUUGCAUAUUGACCUCGUCAAGUGUAAUUAGUUGCAAAAUGUGACGCUGCUGAUGUUUGCUUGGUUUGAUGUUCUUAACAUGAAACACAUUAGUUUUAUGUGAUGUAUGUAUGUAUAUUAUGGUUUGUGUGCAAUAGAUUAAUUAUUGUGAUUUAGUUAUGAUUAACAGUGGUGUAAAUAAUCAAAGACUAUAACCAGAGACCAUAUAAUAAUCUAUUAUAUGGUCUCUGCUAUAACUUAUCAAUAUCUGGGAUUCAACAUGAUGAUAAUCUUGCGUUUUCAACUGUGAUAGUAUGUUGUAGACAUUCACGAUAUAGUGUUUAUGUAUUUAUUAUUUUUUAUCAGUUCCAUUUCUGUGGUUUCUGAUAGUUCAUACUCCAUUAAUGCAGAUAUAUUUGUUCAAAAGAUUACGAGAAAGUAAGUAUUUGACAAGGAUACUUUAUAAUCCUAUGAUUAUAAUAAUGUACCCCACAGUACAUGACAGUUAUUAACAUGUUCUGACAACACUUAAUUUUGUUUAAUGAAGAUAGUAGGUCCAAUACAUUUAAGUCACAAGUUGUGAUUUCAUUUUAGAUAACUUCAACUGUUAGCUACUAUUCACUCUACAAGUGUAAACUCACCUAAGCUAUCCAGCAAAGGGGAGAUAAUGGAUUUGCUUUGUGUCUGUUGUAACUUUUCAUAUUAUGUGAUACCUUGUGACGAUAGACUGUUCAUUAUGAAUGUUUGUUUAAGACAUUUGAAUUUGAUUUUCAAUGAAAACACCUCUAUAUUCUUUCAUAUUGAUCAAGCGAUCUUUGAUCAUAGUGGAAAUGUAUGUACUGUAUUUAGUGUCCAAAUGCCCUUUAGACAUGAUGUACAAUACACCAUAGCCGAGCUGGAUGACAUUCACAGUAUCUAACUAAACAUGAAGCAGAAUGAAGCAAGAUGAGCUACAGAGACCUUGGCUCUAUUUUUCCUUUCUUGCCACCCUAAGUGCAAUUCUUUACAAUCGAUACAAUAUAGUAUAUGGUUGUUACAAUAAUGACUGUACAGAAUUAUAAAAUGUGAGAUUUUCAGCUUAUAAAAAUUGAGUUGAUUACGAACCAGAUUAUUUCAUUAAAAUGAAGUUUUAAAUCCAAUCAUUAUUGUGAUUACUGUUUUGAAUUACUUGAUAAAGUAAAUGAUGGUAAUUCAAGCUGGGAAGUAAACAAAUUGAACUAUAAAUAUGCACAUUCUUUUGUAUUAUCCGAUUGAUAUGAUAAAUUGCUAUCUUCAUAUUUGUUGCAAAAGCAACUCUUUUUUUAGUUUAGUAUCAGUGGACAUUGGAACAGUCAUUUCCUAAAAUAAAUUCUUAUCAAAAGAUUAUUCUAGUGUUUCAAAACAUUGUUGGAGUUUUCAAAGAGUUACCAAUGCAUAUAUUUUGUAUCUCUUAGUUAUCUAUUAUCGAUACAAUUUCCAUGAUGUUAUGAUCAACUGCAUGCAUUAUUGUUUUGAAAUUAAUUCCUGAUAUGUUUUCAUCAUUUAUAGUAGUGUAUGAAAUUCAGUGAAGUUCAAUGAAAUUAUUUUCAUUGUAUACUUGUGAAUUGUAAAACUUCUUAUAGUAAUGAUGUCUACAUUUUGAAGUUUGUUUAUAUUUAUUUGUUUUGGUGUUAAUUGUUUCACUUGAAAUUAAUAAAUCUAUCUUCCAUGUAAA